GACGAACGUACGGACGGAGGCAAUGGAGCUCGCCGAAGCGUUCGUCAACGGCAUCGCUAAAGCCGCCGAUCCCCGCAAAGUGAGCGACGCGGAUUACGCCAAACUCCUCGACAAAGUCUUCAAAGUGGUUACUGCCGACGGCGAUCCUGGAGCAGAUGGCGGCGACGACGAGUCGACAGCAGACGACGCCUUCAAAGAUGGCGGCGCCGGCCUGAUAGCGCUGGUGCUCGAAAGUGCUCGCUUCAACCUAGACGAUUCGCAGUUCGCGUUGCGACUCGAAGAGUACGGAUUGACGGGAGCCCGCGCGGACGCCCUCAUCCGCAAGUACGCGGCCAACAGGCAGCUCGUGCGCGUCGAGUUGAGUCGAAUCGGGCGCCGGCCGCCUCACGUCGUUGGAGUCGACUGGAGCGUCGACUAUCGCGUCAAGAGCAACCACCUCGAGCGCAUCGGUGAGCCCGUGUUUCACAUCAACCUCAAGACGACUUCGUCGGAGAGUCCAGUCUCCUUCUCGUGCAACAUGGCGCAGAUGCAGGACCUCCUACACAGUCUUCGAGACGCGGCAAAGUGCGUUGAAAACAAGGCCCAGGGGGGCGGUUCUUGAAAAGCUGUACUAGAAGACCGUUUUCCUGUUCUUUGUAAAUACUCAUUGUAAAUAAAAUUUGCCUAGCGAA